UGAUGGAUCGACCACAGCGCAAAAGCCGUCGAAGUUCGAUUUUGAAAGUGCGGCAAACGGAGGUUGUUUCGGAAAAGGUCACAGUAGAAGAUGACACCAACAAGCAAGUAAUGAAACGACGUGUCAGCUUUCAUAAUGUGAAAACUGUACAAAACUUCGAGAAAGACAACUUGAAUCUACUUGGAAGGUUCGCCAUUCAGGGAGAAAAUCCAGGAAACGAUGAGUUCAGAUGGGAUUCUGACUAUCAUCUCAACCAAGUCCUGGCCAACCCGACAGCACACAGUAUAGCAGUGUCGAUAUGUCUUUCUGCACUACAGUCAC